AUGGACAUCACCGAGUCUUUGAAAGACUACUUCGAGAUCUCCUACCAGCACGGCGGCAUUUUCGAGCACCCAGAUUACGAGUGGUCUGAGAAUGAGUGGGGUUGGCUGCACCAGCCCACGGGCAUCACCGUGUGGGGUGAUGCGUUGGACCUGACGGUGCGUGCCGGGCGCAUGAGCCAGGGUGGAAGUCAUGUGAACAAGCACCAGGUGGUCUUCCACUACACCAACUUCCUGGCGUUUAAGAACAUCACCAACGAGGCCAAGGAGGAUAUCGAGCUCUGGGCCUCCUUGGAGAUCGAGGGCCCCACGGCGAAUGCCUGGUAUGGGCGAGGGCUCUACACGGUCCCCUUACCGCCGGAUGCCUGGGGUGAUAUCAAUGCCCUCUUGGACAACAACUACCGGAACAUGAUGCGGAGGGACCUCCAAAACCGAGGGGAGGACUAUGUGCAGAAGACCUACCCGGCGCGCGCGAAGUUCUGCAUUCCCAUUCUCGUGGAUCCACAGGAUGCCUACGACGUGUCGGUGCGACCGACGCCGGAGAUGGUGGAGCGCGGCGUGCCGCCGGGCUACAAUCUGAAAAUGAUGCCCUUGAGUGAACCGGGGAUGCGGCCGCGCAUGUGUAUCACCGUGAGAAUCGAGGACGAGAAGAAGAAUGUUUGCAAUCCGAAAGCCAAGCUUUUGGAUGUUGUCAAGACGCGAGCAGAUGCACUGGCACAACAUGGUCCCAACCGGGCAUCACUGGAGGCGCUGAUGCGCUUGGCCAUGGUGGAAAGUAGCCGUGGUCUUUAUCAGGAGGCCACCAAGCACUUCGAACAGGUGGUUCGCUCCAUGGAGUCCUUCUUCGGGGUGAACCAUCGCUUGACCUUGCGCGCCAUGGCCGGCCUGGCCGAUGCCCUGGCACAGCAGGGGGAUUUCCAUCGGGCGGAGGCGUAUAUGUCAAUGGUGCUGAGCAAGAACAUUGAUCAGUUCGGGGAGGAGGAUGGAGACGCGACGAAGGCACUCAACAGCUUGGGCAACAUUUUUCGCUUGCAGCACAAGCGCGUGGAGGCACAAGAGUUUCUGCGGCAAGCCUUCCGGAAGCUCCAACGGCGCUAUGGGGUGGAUCACCCGAAGACCCUGGCGGCCCUGUUGGACUUCGCCUCCUUCACCACGCCCGACGAGGCCGAGGCCCUCUACACCGAGGCCUAUGGCCGCUUUCAGCAGCAGCUGGGGGAUGCGCAUCCCGACACCAUGAACUGCAAGAUGUUACUGGCGCAGACGAAGCUGUCGCUGGGGAACCGCAGCGAGGCCAAGGAAGACUUCGAUGAUCUCUUCAAGAAGAUCAAGAAGCAGCUGGGCGCUUCGCAUCCGCAUACGCUGGCGGCGCACCGCGGCUGGCUCAUCGCUUUGAGCGAAGAGGGCGAGUUGGGCAGCGCCCUCUACCACUUUGGACGUGAGCUGGGUCAUGCGCCCCUACCAGGCAGUCUCUUGCUCCUGGAGAUCUUCUUCCACUUCAGCUUGAGGAAAGGCCUUCUGGGUGUGCUAUUGCUCUUUGCCUUGGGCCUCUACCUCUACUCGCCCUUCUUUGUGGCUAGCUUCCUGUGGGACGCACAGCUGGGCGAUCCCAGCAUCUGGCUCUUGACGGUCUGCACACAGAUCUGGCUCUUUCAAGUGAUCCUUCUGCUGUGUCAAGUGCUGUCGCCAAACCGCCGAGCUCUGCGGAGCUUCAAGGGGCUGCAGAUCAAUCUGACACUCUUCUUGUGCAGCCUUUUGCUGGUGAUUCGGGUAUGGCUUCUGGAGUUCUCAUGGUUCAUCGUGACGGGGCCCUGGUAUUUGCUGGAACUCCUUUGGCUUUGCUUCUGGCUCAGUGGUUCUUGUGGUGCUGGUGCCGAUAGUGGGCUUCGCCAUGGGAGCUCGAACCAGAGUUCCGUUCCAUGCGUGGAGCGCUCCUUGGCCUCUUUGGAGCGUCUGGUGCUGCUGCUGCUGGUGGCGCUCCGCGCUGACCUUGCAGCAGAUCCGGAGAUCGGGCGCAUCCCCUGGUAUCUCAUUUGCAUCAUCCUUUUCUUCACCUCGUUGACUCGGAGGCUUUUGCGGAGCUGCUGUCGUCGAUCUCAUGGUCGUUCUAUCAGCUGUUCGCAGGUCUUUCGCUCGAGUAUCUUCAGCUGCAUCGUGACGAUCAGUCGGAUGGAGGUCCUGAAGCUGCAGCUGGCAGGUGGCUUCGGCACCCUGCUGGUACUGUGCAUCUUGGCUGGCGGCACCUACAAGCUCUAUCGGCCACAAGCUCUAUCGGCCCACUGGGUCUCCUUGCCACUGCUGAUCCUUGCCUUGUCUCCAGCCUUCUCGCUGUGCAUCAUCCGAGUGCUGUCCUCCCGACGACGCGCUGUACACGUCCAACGGUCGACGACGCCCUUCACGUGA